CUGUCAAAAUAAUUCCGCUGUACUCAUCAUAUUAUAAAUAGUUUGCUACUACCGACCAGAAAAAAUAUUUACAGCAUUUAACUUUGAUAUAACACUAUGCCCGUUUCGUACGUCAUAAACCGUAUCAAAGGGUUGAUCUUGAUCAUCCUUAAUAUGUUCAAACGUGUGAUGUGCAUUUUUAAUAAGCGUAGACGUAAACCAAGUGGCGAUGUCAUCAUGGAAAGUGUUAUUACCGAAUGUAGUUCAGAUAGAAGUCGGGAUAAAAUGAUCCCAUGGAAUACGUGGGAUGAAAAUAAACCGGCUACUGUUGAAGACCAUAUAGAACAGUACAGAAAGUCACUUACCAAGUUACGUUCUGCAAGUGAAGAAAUUGCUCAUGAACCAGAUUUCUUCAAUGACAUGACACCUGAAAUUAAAACGUCAAAUAGCCUAAAACUUAAUUUCCGUCCUGUAGCUAGUCUGCAACAGCAGCAAAAAGUGACAUUUGACAUUCAAGAAAACUUUGACAGCCUGCUGUUAUCUCCCCCAGGACUUGGUGAUAUUCUUGAUGAAGAUGAAGAUCCAAAUUCAACUGGUUGGGAUGCAGAUUCUGAAGAUAUGAAUGCAGUGCUGAAACAGCAAAAGAUGGAAGAAAGAAGAAAAAGAUCACUUAGAUCAGGUGAAUAGUUCCCUGCUUUAACAAAAUUUUUGAAUUUCAUGUCACACAAUGGUUUUGAUUAAGUGUUAACAAUAUGUAAUGUUGUUCUUGUGGUGUUUUCACCAUUUUGUAUUAUCAUUAAAAGAUUGUAUUAAAAG